AUGGAUCAAAAUCCGGCCAGGAGUAAACGCAAGGUCGACGUAGAGCCGACAGUCAGGGCACCGAGGCUAAAGCGUCAGCAUGUCGAGGAGAAGUUGCCGAAGCAACAACGUGUGGGCAACUUCAGAAGUUACUACACGUAUCGACUGGGUCAGAAGCACCAAGGCGCACUGGAACAAGACCCGCGUCUCUCUGCACUGAACAAGAAAUGGUUCGAAGGUAAACGUGGUCUGGACGUCGGCUGCAACUCGGGGGAGUUUACUAUUACAAUUGCCAAGCGGUUGGUGCCGAGUUACCUGCUGGGAGUGGAUGUGGAUCCGCAGCUUAUUUCUCGGGCUAGAGGACAUCUAAAGGACAUUUUGAGACAAGAGCAGAUUGAAAAGGCUUUCAGUGAAAUUCCUGCAGUCCAAUGUAUUGAGCAGAAGAGUAAACGUGGAGAGAUUGAGACCGUCCCAGGUGAUAGUGGAGAAGCUGCAAGCGACGUUGUGGAAGCAAAGCAGGAGGUCACGACGGAAAAGGACACUUGCAUGAAGAUGAAGGACGAGGACGUGUUUACGAAUAGUAUGCCGCUCUCGUUUCGUUUUUGGAAGCCUUCAGUACAAGGUCAAGGUACUGCUUCUCGAGCCAUUGGUAAGGCUGCUGUUGGGUCGGUCUUUCCUAUGAACGUGAUCUUCAAACGUGAAGACAUUGUGCUGGAUACACACGCCGGCAAGGACUAUGACUUCAUCACGUGCUUCAGCGUCACAAAAUGGAUUCAUCUAUUCCACGGCGAUGAAGGGGUCAAGAAGGUAUUUGCCAAAAUUUACGAGCUACUGACGCCUGGGGGACGUCUCAUUGUUGAGCCGCAGCCGUGGAAAUCAUACCACAAGCGGAAAUUUACAUCCGACGUUACGGCCGCAAACUACCCAAAGAUCCAGCUACGACCAAAGGACUUUCCAAAAUAUCUCGUGGACAUCGUUGGCUUUCGUAGCUGCGAGUUAUUAGAGGUCUGCCAGACAUCGUCAAAUGGUUUCCGACGUCCCGUCUACGUUGCUCAAAAAUGA